UUCGAUUUUCUUCGAACCCCGUUCUCCCCAGCGCGGACCGCUCUCAGCGGCCUAGGAUCUGCAGUAAAACCCAGGCGAUCUAGGAUCCGCGUUCACCCCCGACGACUCCGUGGCGCGAGGCGAGGAAGGAACAAGAGGGAGUGAAAGAAAAAAAAGAGGGACCUUUAAGCCUAUCCGUCUAACUGGUCGAAUCACAGCUGGUUUCAAGCGCUCACCGGCGGCUGCUCACCGAUUCCAGCCGGGACGCUGCCUUCGUAAUUUCUCCCAACGCCGUGACUGUCAGCGCUGCUGCGAGGGGAGAAAACAAAUAAAAGAGGAGCCGCAGCAGGUGGGCGCCGAGGGGCGGGUGGAGCGAGGAGUGAGUCGAGUGUCGAGGAGGCGGCCAGGGGAGAAGAAUGAGUGCCACCACGGAGUGCUACAAGUGCCACAAGCUGGGACACUUUGCUCGCGAGUGCUUCCAGGAUGGCGGCAGUGGGGGCGGGGGCCGGGGUGGCAUGGGCGGCGGUGGGGGACCACGGGGAGGAGGCCGCGGCGCCUCCCGUGGCCGCAUGGAUUACAAGCCUCCCAUCAGAGAAAAGUGCUACAAGUGCAAUCGGAUAGGCCACUUCGCCAGGGACUGCAAGGAGGCUGAGGACCGGUGUUAUCGCUGCAACGGCACUGGACACAUCUCCAAGGACUGCCAGCAUGGCCCAGAUGAAAUGUCGUGCUACAACUGCGGCAAGAUGGGCCACAUUGCACGCGAGUGCAAGGAGCAGGAAAAGACCUGCUACAUCUGCCACAAGCAGGGACACAUCUCCAGGGACUGCGAGCAGGACGAGAGAAGGAGUGGCGCUGGCCUCUCUCUCCAGUGCUACCUGUGCGGCAAGCUGGGCCACAUCUCGCGGGACUGCCCCAACAGCGAGCGGGAUGACCGCAAGUGCUACAACUGCGGACACCUGGGACACAUCAGCCGGGACUGCCCAGAGGCCGGAGGAAACGACGCAGUGGCCGACGUCUGCUACCGCUGCAAUGAGCGUGGGCACAUAGCACGCAACUGCCGGUCCACACGCUCCAACAACCGCUGCUACCACUGCGGCGAGGUGGGCCACCUGGCACGAGAGUGCGAGAUGAAGGCCUGAGAGACGCUUCACCCACCAUUUGAGCCGCUGCCCAGCGCCACCUUGGACGUGCAACGGACAGUCCCGUUGCCCUGCCCUCCUCUCCCAGUCGUCUCUCUUGGGAAGGAAGUAGCCGCUCCCUCACCCCCUCCGCCGCUGCUGCUUGCGCGACAGCCCCGUUUGCAUCUGCAUUGCACUCUGGCAGCGACGUGCUGUCACUAGUAAGGCAAGGAAAGACUGCGAGCAAGUUUAUCCCCCACCCGAAGUGUUGCCCAGAAGCGGAAUUUUCGAUGGUUCGCCCCGAAAGUCGCGAGUUGCCCUCGAUGGGCAUUGUGUUGAUUAGAGCUGGUGGGGUUGGCUUGCCAUUACUGUUGUUGUUAACGUUGUUCUAUGAUGGUGGCGAGGAUUCCUUAUUCUAUGUUUGUUUGGCGAACGCAGCAGAUUUGCGAGGGGGGGCAGGCUCCUGCCCUUUUCUCCGUGGCACAAUCGCGAGGGAACCAGCGAGGGAGCAGGCAUCCUGUGGGGGCCACCAUUUGUUGUUGUUGUUGACGUUGUUGUGGGGAUGAUGUUUCUGCUCUAAGCUUCUCUCAGUGCCCUCGACCCCUCUCUCUCCCCCCCUUCGUCAUGCCAAUAGGAAUGGGGAAAGAAAAAAAAGCACGGUGGAGUUGAUCAAAGUCCUUGUAGAAGGUGAAAAGAAGGUGUACCAAUAUGUUUCCUUGGGAGAUCUCUGGUUUGAGAAGAGUCCAAAAAAGCGAGAAAGGCGCAUAAUCCUGAAGGACAGGGUAGUCCCAUUGCUUGCUUUGCCAAAGCUUUGUUUUCUGUGCCGUUUUUACUGUGCAGCACAGACAUGUUGAAGAAAUGUUAGACUGCAGAAAAAUCUGCAGUGGUGUCUGUGGCGUCUAAAGCAACAGGAACAGUUUUUUGCAGUAUGGUGAUGGAAAGGUGGCAAAAAAGGACGAAAGGGCGAAACGGGGGAUGAUAGCAUUAUUUAUUUUUGUUGAAUAAAGACAGUGCAACUUGUAUCGCUAACAGUGAGAAAAACGUGAAUGGUCCUGUGUCCUUCCGCGAGCCAUAAUCUCGAUGAGGGAAGGAGUCUUGGUUUUCCAGUUUGUUGCGUGAGCCCGCAGGUUUUAUUGUUUCCUCAACCCACCCUCCUCGUUGAGGAGAGAUUCCAAGAAUUGGUGGUGUACAAGAGUGAGAUUUCGAGCAGCAUUGUACAAAAAGAAAAGAAAGAGAUAAACAUAGUGACGACGUGGCACUUGCGCUCAAAGAGAGAGAGAGGGUUUUCUCUCCAGCCGAGAUUUUCACAUUUGGGGAAGGGUUAAGAGGGUUAAGGGCUUUUCUGGGCAUGGGGGGAGAGGCUCUUGGCAAUCUGAUCUUGCUGCACUCUUCUAGUUUGGUGUGAGUGUGUUACGUGUGUAUGCCCAGAAAGCUCCGCUUUUUUGACAAACUCUGCUCCCGCACCCAGUCUUUUUGAGAGUACCUUUUGUAGGGCAUGCUGCAUUACAGCUUCGUAAUGGAGCACACACACACAAAAAAAAAAAGAAUUGGAGGGGAGCCCAGCUUCCGAAAAAGACCAAAGGCUUCAGAGGUCUGUGACGACCAUUAAGUGGACACACACACCAUACCUUGAAUUGUUGAGCCUUGCCCGUUCCCCCAAACUGUACUUUGAUGCUGCAAUGUGCACGUUGUGUAGGUGGAGGAUUGAGUAUAUAUAUAUAUAUAUUAUAUUAUAUAUAUAUAAAUAUAAUGUGUAAAUAUUUGUUGAAGAGAAAGUUUCCCAGAGAUAUUUACAGCUGGUUCAUCACAAGUUAUAUCUGAGGUUGUUUGGAUUCCAUCCCAGGGGCAGAGUUUUUCAGUAGAUGCACAGAAAGCAUACUGCAUUCUUUUGUUUUUCGUGCGGCAUCCGCCAACCGAAAGGAAAGUGUGGUUGGGGAAAAGCGUACAUGUCUCAGCCGACAAAACACUAGUCUUCUUUACAAGCACUUGCAUGUUUCGACCAAAAAAAAAAGUAUACCUCACUCCGGGAUCAAGAUGCACACCAGUGAACAUCUCGGCUGAGGUUUACACGACUGGCACACCUGUGAAUGCCUGGGGGUUCGUGGAAAGAUGGAGCGGCAGUGUUCUUGCGCAUUGGCACUGCUAUUUAUUUAGUGGGAAGUGGUCGUGUGAGCUGUGUCGAUGAUGCUAGAAGCGAGUCACUCUAACACAGGUGCCAUUGUAAUUGCAAUAUGCUCCGAUAGUGACGAAGAGGUUGUGCAAUGUUUGUAAGGGAAUUGGGGCAUCGCGAUGGCCGGUUCUCAUUGAGCAUGUAUGCUGCUGGCAUUACUUUAUCCUGAUAUGGCUGGCAGUGCCGCCGACAAUACGUCAAAUUUGGCGAUGCCCACUUCUGGAUAGCAAUACCAGUGUGAAAUAAGUGCUUUGCACAGGAGUUAUCUUUGACGAAGUGAACGGAAGGGAAUGCACUUCAUUAGGCUUGUGGCAAACCAUUACAGCACGCGCAAUGCAAUUGCAUUGCCAAUGCCACUGUAGUGAUAACGGUUCUAGUGCUGGAAGAUGCACAUAAGUGUAGAGAGAGUUCACAUUGGUAGGUUGAAACGCAAGCAAGUAAAAUAGAAACACCCAGGCUAACCAAACAAAACUGUUGAAUAAAUAGUUGAAGAAUGCUAGCGGGUACUGUUCCUGAAGAAAACAAAUUUCCUCGUUUCUUGCAGUAUGUGUGUUUACGAUGCCGAGGCCGUUCCCAACAACUCGAGGUUGACAGGGAUAAGCCGUUCUAGAAAUAUAGAAUUACUGGGUGCGAGAGCACGUUAAGCUUGUUGUUGGUCCGCUCAAUGAAUGCUUAGAACCAACGUGAGAACUUGCCGGCCAUAAAAGGUAGUGAUAACAGUCGCGAACAUUUAUUGAUCCUUCAAUCAAAACUGCUGCUUCAGGGUGUAAUAUAACAUUUAUUAGUUGUAUGUUGUAUUCUAAGUUGCAACUGAGUGGUUAUGCUUAGGUAAUCUGCAGCACUGGUUUUAACUAGUCAAAUGGUCUGUGCUCCAAACACUUCACUGCGCAUUACCAUUGGUUUCUUCUGUAUGUAAAUUUGAGUGACAGUUAUCACAAAUGCAACAUCUUUUCGGUCCGUAAGUCUAGCAAAUGUAUUGCAAUCAACAAGGGUAACUUGUUAUCUGCGGAACAGUGGCCAGCUUUUAUCUUGAAUUCUCUGCACUUGUUCCUUCAGCAGCUCUGUUAGACAUUGUAUACAUUGUAUUGUUCCUGUUGGCUCAGAUUUACGUACUGUUGCACUACCAUGUUCUAGUGUUCAAUUUCCUGUUGUUACAGGCGAGCAACUCCUUUAUGUGAUAUGUUGGGAUGCGUACAGGUUUUUGCAUACCCAAGCGGGCAAGCAUUAAGAGUUGGAAGGCAGCGCACAGUUGUGCCUCUACACAGUGCCGCAAGUUUUCCAGUCGUGUAAAUCACAGGCCUCGAUGACCGGGCUGCUCAGCCAUCUUGGAACGUCCACAGUGUUAGCUCCCGUGCAGCCGGAGCCUUCUGCCGUUGUACCUUCUUCAGUUUUUUGUUUCCUGUUUAUUUGUGUCACAGAGCAGAUACCUGUGCUAUCUUAACGUUAUCCAGUGACAUCAAGGUGUACAAAACUGGGAUGUGAAACGAGAAAAAAAAUAAUAAAAAUGGAUGGAAAAAGGUC